CAUUUGCAAAGUCUCUCUCUCCCUUCGCUCUUCUCGGUGCACAAACAAACCAUCUUUCCUUCCGGCUCCUUCAAAGGAGCUUCCUUUCUGCCGAUGCGAAGCGCGAAUCCGAAACCGCGAGGUCCAAACCUUCGAGCGCGAUGUGGAAGCUGAACCAGUCAUUGUUCGGCGGGGAAGAAGGUGGCGGCCAAGAUGAGCUCUUGGCUGAAGAUUCAGAUGGUGUCUGCAAUCUCUCUCCUAUGCAGAGAGUCUACGCCUUCGCAGCGUGUCUUCUCGUCGGCCUCGUAUGUAUGUUCCUGUCAUUGAUUGUGUUUGCGAAGCCUAUCAAAUUCGCAGUUGUUUUCACCUGCGGCAAUCUUUUGGCCGUUGGCAGCACAGUCUUUCUUAUUGGAGCUGCACAACAAAUGAGGAUGAUGUUUGACCCAACUCGAGUCUUUGCAACUGCCAUUUACCUUGGAUGUGUCGUUUUGGCUCUCAUCUGUGCUCUUUGGAUACAUAGUAAAGUUUUGACCAUUGUAGUAAUCAUUUGCGAGAUCUGCGCCCUUUUCUGGUACAGUUUAAGCUACAUUCCUUUUGCCCGAAGAAUGGUUUCUGAUUUGAUGGUUAGACUUUGUGACACCGAGUUGUAGGGGAAGUCCAUUCGCUCUUGGUUUAUUUUUUUAUGACUCGGGGUUUCUGGUGUGUGGUCAUUUGGCUUUCUUUUCCUGAGCCUGUGAUUGAUGACCGGCAGAUUCUCAUAUUCGUUUCUUCAUUGAACCGUUUGCUUUGGUUUCUUUAA